UGGACCAUAAUAUAAGGGUUAAACUUGUCUUUCUCGUCUCACAUUGUUCUUUCACUCUUCAAUUCAACCUUGAAGAUCACCAUGAACAUUAUUGAAGUGGACGACUAUAUUUAUGACACCGAAGACAGCUAUGAAGAGGACAAGCUACGAGAGUAUACAAUAGAAGGAAAUUGGGAAAAAGUUAAGGAUCUAUACAAAACAGAUCCAAAAUUCAGCACAGUAAAUAUCAACAAAAGUAGAGGAACAGCACUACAUGUGGCAGUAAAUGAUAACAAUGAAGAAGUUGUUAGAAAUCUUGUUGAUUCAAUCAUAAGUCACGGAUAUAAGAGGGCCCUUGAAAGUAAGAAUGAAAAGGGUGACACUCCAUUGCACCUUGCAGCAUCAAAAGGAUUCAAAGAAAUAUGUGAAUGUAUCAUAGGAGAAAAUGGUGAAAGGAAGGAUUUGAUUGUUAUUGUUAACAAAGCUGGAGAGACUCCUUUGUUUCUUGCUGCACUGUCAUGGCAAAAACAAACGUUUGUUUAUCUUUCUGAAUUAAAUGAUAAUUAUUAUUAUACUAUAAAUCUUAUUAGACUCAAUGGAGAUAGUAUUCUUCACUGUGCCAUCAGGAGAGAAUUUUUCGAUUUGGCGCUUAUAAUAAUAGAUAAAUAUCCCGCUUUUAUUGUCAUUCCGGACAAACAUGGAUUUAGUCCUCUUAAACUUCUUGCUACUAGGCCCUCAGCAUUCAAAAGUGGAUGCAACAUGAUAUGGUGGAAGAGGAUUCUGUACCACUGUAUACAUGUGGGAACCCUAAAUGUGGAAGACGCUGUCGAUGAGUCAAGCUCCCCCGACAGUUGUCCAGAGAACUAUGACACAUGUUAUCUCUUUUUUCAAAAAUGUACAGAGAAGCUGAAGGGAAUGCUGAAACAAACUACUUGUACUGCUGAAUAUGGAUCUAACGAUAUGGGAGAGAAACCCAAACACAAACUUCUUCCAGAAAACUAUGCUACAUGUCUUUGGUUUAUGAAGUUUGCAUGGAUCUAUAUCCUUGGCCUUUCAGGAGUAGGGAUUGAAGAAAUCACAAAGAUGAAACAAAAACACAGAUGGAGUGGUCAACUAUUGAACAGAUUUAUGGAAAUGCCUUAUGAAUCGUAUUCGGCAACUGGCACCGAACCGACACGACAAGUCAGUGGAACAGAUUUCGUGUCUGCUUACAAUCCAAAUCAGGGAGAUAAAAACAGUGAGGAGCCAAAGAAUUCUAAGACACAGGAAAGUGAGACAACUAUUUUAACAAAAGCAAUAACUGACCUAGUUAAAAUAGUGAAUGAGCUUUCAACAAAAAAAGAAAAUAACAGUGAGGAGCCAAAGAUUACUGAAAGGGAAAAAGAGAUUCUGGAAAGUGAGACGGCAAUUUUGACAGCAGCAAGAAAUGGCAUAGUUGAAAUAGUGAAUGAGCUUAUAACAAAAAUACCUAGCUCAAUAUACGAUGUUAACUUGGAAAAUAAAAAUGUAUUACUUGUAGCAGUUGAGAACAGAAGAACCAAUGUAGUUGAGGCAUUAAGAAAGUGGUUUAAAGAGUGUAAAACAAAGGUAAUUUUUGAUAACUUAAUCCAAGGUGUGGACAAUGAAGAGAACACUGUGUUACAUUUAGCAGCUACAAAAUGUGAUCAAGAUUGGCAUAUAUCUGGAGACGCCUUGCAAAUGUUGUGGGAUAUCAAAUGGUUUCAGUACACUAAAGAACUGGUGCCAAAGCAUUUCACAUUUAGAACAAACAAAGAGAAUAAAACAGCAGGGGAAUUAUUCAAGAAAUCACAUGCAGAACUGGUAAAAGAAGGUGGUAAAUGGCUGAAAGACACUUCUAAUUCUUGCUCUGUAGUAGCAGCACUCCUUGCUGGCGUUUCCUUUGCUACAUCGAGCACUGUGCCGGGUGGUAACAAAAGUGACACAGGCGAACCAACAUUGGAAGGAAAGCCUGCAUUUGAUGCAUUUUCUAUGUCUUCAGUAAUUGGUCUUUGUUUCUCUGUCACUGCACUCAUAAUGUUCCUUUCUAUACUCACUUCUCGAAAAGAAGCCAAAGAUUUCAGAAUUGAUUUGCCAAGGAAGCUUCUUUUCGGAUUGAGCUCUCUUUUCUUGUCCAUUGUUGCAUUGUUCGUUACUUUCUGUUCGGGUCAUUUCUUUUUGAUUGACCACAAGUUCAAACACAUUGUGUUUCUGAUAUAUGCAGUCACUAGCUUUCCUGUGACAUUGUAUGCAGUAGCACAACUUCCACUUUACAUUGAUCUUCUGAAAGGUAUUCUAACCAAACUGCCAAAGACAAGUGAUAAGGGCGAGCACCUUUAAAGGUGAAAAUGGGUUUGGCUUGUUAAAAUAAAGAAGACAGUGGCUUGAGUACUACAUUGUUUUGGCUUGAGCAGUUUAUAUAUUUAUUCAUAUGACUAAUGUUGGAUUGUGGUUAUUUUUGUGAGAUUCUGUUAUUAUGUACUCUGUCAAUGCUUAAUGCUGUUUGGUUAUUUUAGCAUUUGCAACCUGUAUUGCUACUCUUCUUAGCUACUACUUAU